GAAUUCUAGGCUGCAUCGUCUCUGCUGACACUGCCAUUGCCAACGCUGUGCAACGCCAUGUCGGACAGCGACGACUACGGCGACGGCUACGACGACACCGAGUUUUUCAACGCGGCUACGCAAGCGGAGAAGGAAAUAACGCCCGCAUUCCAGCCGUCGCCACGACCGACCAAGCGCCGGAGGGUCAGUCAGGCUCGUGAAAAGGCCAAGUCCAUUCCAUCCGAGAAAAUAUCAAACCGACGACGACAGGCUUUUGCAGAUUCGUCUGACGAGGAUGAUGGUGAUGAAUCGUUUGGCACAUGCAACAAAGGUGAUUCGCCUGCAACGAGCGAAGAGCUACAGGAGAAUCGGCCAUCAACUCGCAAGAAGAGAGCUGCCUCGAAACAACAUGAUGACAUCGAUGGAGACGAAGAUGUAUCGCCUGCAAGAGCGACUGUUGCUCAAAAAAGAAAAGAGCGCAUACAUAUUCCGACUACAGAAUUGGACAUGACCGAUGUCUUCUUCACUCAACCACCACGAGAGCAUUCGCCGCCGUGGAAGCCCAGAGGCGCAAUCUGGGCAAAGCCCACUAGCAUUGGAGUCCACAAACCUGCAGCAGAGCUGACCAAAUGGACUGGGCUGGAAGCAAUGAAGACGAUGGCUUUACCUGGCAGGCAGUCCAUCUCAUCACGGCCGAAAACAACAGCUCCAGUCGUCGAAGAGGACCCUGAUUCUAUUAUCGAUGACGAGGGGCCUUCACAGCCACUUGCAACGGUCAGCGUGCCUACAGCCUAUGACUACGAGCAGGACUUAGCUGACUUGCCAUCUGAUGCGUUCUCGUCUUCAACGGCGUCACCUCAGAAGCAUGGUGCGGACGACGACAUCACUUUAUUGUCAGCGACUCGAAAAGGGGUCGCGGCGCCUCAGACCGGCUUGCGUCAGACCACGUUGUUCGGUCGGCAAGGUGCUAACGGUGAAGUACCACCAUCACAGGUCAACAAGCGUUACAACUUUGUCGUCGAUCAGAAGCAAGAGCCACCAACUCAUCACAAGCUCGACCACGAAGCAUUGAAGACCUGGGUUUACCCGACGAACCUCGGGACUAUUCGAGACUACCAGUUCAACAUCGUGCAGAGGGGUUUGUUCAACAAUCUCUUGGUUGCAUUACCUACUGGACUGGGAAAGACAUUCAUUGCUGCAACAAUCAUGUUGAAUUGGUACCGCUGGACUGUAGACUCGCAGAUCGUGUUUGUUGCACCAACGAAGCCACUCGUCUCGCAGCAAGUCGGAGCUUGUUUCGGCAUUGCUGGCAUCCCUCGGUCAGCUACCACUAUGCUUACUGGAGGAGUCCAGCCGGGUCUGAGGUCUGAGGAGUGGAAGAGCAAACGCGUGUUCUUCAUGACACCACAGACGCUACUGAACGAUCUGAAGAACGGGUAUGCAGAUCCAAAAAAGAUCGUCCUGUUGGUGGUAGACGAGGCGCAUCGAGCGACAGGAUCUUACGCGUACGUUGAGGUGGUCAGCUUCUUGCGGCGCUUUAACCAGAGCUUCCGCAUCCUCGCUCUCACAGCUACUCCAGGCGCGGACGUGGAAGCGGUUCAAAAGGUUAUCGACGGCCUCGACAUCUCAAAGGUCGAGAUUCGAACAGAGAACUCGAUGGACAUUUGCAAUUAUGUACACCAGCGCAGAGUUGAGAAGCGGGUCUUCCAGAACAGCGACGAGAUGGAGAUGUGCAUGGACUUAUAUAGUCAAGCACUGCAACCACUUGUCAAUCAGGUAGCUGGACUGGGCGCAUACUGGAGCAACGAUCCCCGAACCUUGACACCUUACGGAUGCACGCAAGCGGCAGCCAAGUGGGUGAAUGGGUCGGGUCGUCACGCAAACCCGGGCGUGAAGAACAUAGUGCGCACCAUUUUGACUCUGCUCGCUUCCAUCGCCCAUGCCAUGGAUCUAAUGAAGUAUCACGGCAUGGCUCCCUUUUACACCAAGUUGAAAGACUUCAGGGACGACAGCCAGAAGACAAAGUCAAAGUACAAGAAGCAGAUCCUCGAGAGCGAUGCAUUCAAGAAGCUCAUGACUCGAUUGGACACAUGGAUGAACGAUGAAAACUUUGCCGGGCAUCCCAAGCUCGAGCACGUGCAAGAGUGCAUCCUAGAGCACUUUGUCAACGCAGGCGAGGGGCCGAACGGUUCGCAGACCAGGAUCAUGGUAUUCGCUCACUUUCGUGACAGCGCUGAGCAGAUUGUGCGCAUCUUGAAGAAGCACGAACCUAUGAUCCGGCCUCGUGUAUUCGUUGGCCAAGCAACAGCAAAAAAUUCAGAAGGCAUGAAUCAGAAAGAGCAACUGAGUGCCAUCGAAGAAUUCAAAUCGGGGAAAUACAACACUCUAAUCGCCACCUCCAUCGGCGAAGAAGGCCUCGACAUCGGUGAAGUUGAUCUCAUCAUUUGUUACGACUCCAAAGCAUCGCCGAUCCGCAUGUUGCAGAGGAUGGGACGUACCGGCCGCAAGCGCGAAGGAAAGAUCAUCAUGCUUCAGAUGCAGGGGAAGGAAGAGAACGACGCCAACAAAGCAAAGGAUAGCUACGAGAAUAUGCAAGAGCUAAUUGCGAACGGAUCACACUUUACGUUUCAUGACGAGAUCUCGCGCCGGAUUGCGCCAGCAGAUGUGAAGCCGGUUGUAGAUCGUCGAAUAGUCGACAUCCCUCCGGAGAACUCGCAGCAAGACUGGCUACCAGAACCCAAGAGGAACGGACGGACGAAGAAGCCCCCAAAAAAGUUCCACAUGCCUGAUGGCGUAUUGACCGGCUUCGUCACUGCCGGAUGUAUGGGAGAAGAAAUUAUUCCCAAAGGGCGCGGCAAGAAAGCACCUACGAUCACGUCUCCAAGCGAAGAGGUGUUUGAAAUUCCGUCGUUUAACUCAGUCUUACUAGACGAAUCUGCGACACGCGACUUGGAAAGGCGCUUUCAGACUGUAUACGACGAAGACGAUGCCCCAAUGGUCAGCGCAUUGGACCUCGGCGAACACGCCGAUCAUCAGCGAACCUUGACCAAAACGCAUUUUCUGCUCAAGCCAGGCCGCAAGACGCAGACCUUCGUGGCGACUAUGCAGCGCAUCCAUGACAUGGACGCCAACCGUGUGGAAUCAUUUAGGCAUAGGUUUCAUCACCCUGACUAUGAUUUAGACGAUUUAGAGGAGGUAGUCGACAACAAUUCUAAGGCUGCUACAGAGUCGCAAUCCGUGAUCCACGAAGACAUGUGGGCUGAUGAUGAUCCUGCGUCGCAGGAGGUCAUCAAAUCCAAAGCAAAGUCAAAAGCCAAAGCGAAGGCAGCGCCGAACCCAAAAGCCAAGCCGGCAGCUGAGCCGAAGGCGAAAGCACCCCCCAAGAUUCUAGCUCCACGUGGUCGACCGCAGAGAUCCAGGACUACAGAGACUGCUGCAGAAACACCCGUUCGAAGACCUGUAGCAGUAGACCUUACACCAAAGAUGAAAACCCCUGAUUGGCAGGUCUCGGCGCUAGCAGGAGAGGGAGAGGAGUCAUCGCCGCCACCCACAGAUCCUCGGUUCCAUAUAGCCUCACAAGCUGACACCAUAGGCUCACAAGAUACGCUUGCCGAUGGUGAGGUCGAGGAUUCAUCGCUCUGGAAGCAGGACUCAGAACUUGCCAGCUUCAUCGUCGAUGGUACCAUGAUGGAGGAGGAGGAACAGGAGAUUCCAGCAUCAAGUUUACCCGGUCUUGACUUCAACGGCCUUGGAAAAGCUACACAGGCGAUGAUCAGGUCGGCUACAAAGUCGAGGCGACCUCUGAGAGCAGAGAAGUUCUUCACCAGCGAUAUAACAGAUAACGAUGCAGUGGUCAGUAGCGACAGUGAUAACGACUCUCCACUGAUCAAGCCGGGCAAAGGUGCGAACAAGAGGCCAGCUUACAUCAUAGAUUCCGCUUCAGAGGUGUCUUCGCCUGUCCUGCAAAGGAUGAGAGUACGCAGGGUGAUCGAAGACGACGACGAUGACGAGUGAAACCCAUGCAUAUAAAUUAGAUACACCUAGAUAGCGCUGCUAGCUUUACAGCGUCCGUGCACCAGCGUUUUGCAGCAGCUCAAUCAAAGUAUUUCCAGUACUCAGGC